AAUAGAACCAGUCUUAUUUCAGUUCCGUAUGCAUUUUAUACACUAAAAGCAUUUUGCAUUUUGCCGUCCCGAUCCCGUUUCUGUACGUGAUCAUCGUGGAAAUCAAUCGAGCCGCCUGUUGUUCAGAUGGAGGAUUCGAGUACGGAGAAAUUUCUGAUGUCAAAGAAAUGGGUUACAGAGAGGUGAUAUAUGACUAUAAGCACAUAGUGAUCUGACAAAGCGCUUGGUCAAAGUAAAUAACAUCAUCAGUGCUGCUUGGAACUAAAUAAUGGAUAUGGCUAUGAAUAAUGGACACGAUGUGGCUGAGGAUUUGCCCACUGAUGAAGUCUCGGUUGCCUCCAGUGAGGAGGAUGCUAAUGCCCUGCCCAGCCCAUCCUCAUUGGCUGAUGAAGAAGGGCUAACAGCCAAUGGCAUGGUGGCAUCAACAAGACCCAAAGAGCAGACGGAUCGGUUUGGCUUCACAGGUGGCAAACAGUUUACAAAAGAUUCGGAUUGGAAUACCCCGGUGCAGGUGAUUAGACGACGAGAGAUCAAAUGGCUGGACAUGCUGGAUGACUGGGAUAAAUGGAUGAAUAAAAAACCCAAGAAGGUUCGGGAACGAUGUCGGAAGGGCAUUCCCUGUUCUAUACGUCCCAGAGCAUGGCAGUAUUUGUGUGGAAGCAAGAAGCUUUAUGAACAGAAUAAAGCGAGAUGGCAGGAGCUGGACUCCUCCGAAGGUGACCCCAAGUGGAUCGAGGUCAUCCAGAAGGAUUUGGACCGACAGUUCCCCUUCCAUGAGAUGUUCGCCAGCCGCGAUGGCCACGGUCAGCAGGAUUUGUUCCGCAUUCUGAAGGCCUAUAGCAUCUACAACCCACGGGAUGGGUACUGCCAAGCACAGGCACCUGUUGCUGCCGUGUUGCUCAUGCACAUGCCGGCUGAGGAUGCAUUUUGGGCCUUAGUCCAGAUCUGUGAGAAAUACCUGACGGGGUAUUACAGUGUUGGCCUGGAGGCUGUGCAGAUAGAUGGCAUGGUACUGGCUGGACUGACGAAGAAAGAAUCACCAACAGCUUACAAACACCUGAAAAAGCACAAGAUUGACCCAAUUCUAUACAUGACUGAGUGGUUUAUGUGUAUGUUCUCCCGCACGCUACCCUGGCCAUCCGUCCUGCGUGUCUGGGACAUGUUCUUCUGUGAAGGUGUGAAGGUUUUGUUCCGCGUUGCCCUGGUCUUACUCAAGUUUACACUGGGACGCUCAGAGCAAUUAAAAGAUUGCCAGGGAUUGUAUGAGACCAUGGAGGUUCUGAGGAACAUCCCAGCAUCCGUCACACAAGAGGACUUCUUGAGUGCAGAGAUGUUGAAGCUUCGAGUUUUUGAGAGGGACAUGGAAGCUGAACACUCACUCUCGUUGGCAAGACGGAAGGUCAUCAAGGAACGGCAGUUGGCACCCGAGAAAGCUGCUGCCAUGCAGCGGGAUAUUGACAAUCUGAGAAAGAAGAAACGAGGCAAGGUGAAACCGCCACCCAACAGAGAACGGACGGAGGGCUUUGGAAGUCAGGACUUGCUGGCAAUGGACAGGCAUGCUGAGCUGAAGCACAAGGCACAUGCUGAGCACAAGGAUGCUUGGGUUGAGGUGCCACCCGAGGAGGAGACAGAACAAACUCCUCAUGUUCAUCCUCGGUCACCCAUGAGCGAUCUCAGCAGUGAACGAUUUGAGAUGGUGCGGGAGAUACAUGUCGACAAUCCCCCGCGAGACUGGAACAGGAACCCUGUGAACACUCCAGUGAGUCCAGGUGCUGAAAAAUUAUCCAAGAGCAAAGACUCUAAGAAAGAUGAGAGGAAGAAGGAAAAAAGUGAUAAGAAAAAAGGGAAAGAGCAAACAAAGGCUGAGGUGACAGAUGCGGCCGCCCUGGAGUCAGUCUCAGGAGACAAGGAGAAAGGAAAGAUAUCUGUAGAGAAAAAGGACAAGAAAUCCAAAAGCAAGGAGAAGAAAGAAGAAAAGAAGGCCAAGAAGGCUGAGAAAGCAGACAAGAAGCAGAAAGAGAAAGCUGGGCAUUCCAGUAGUCAGCCGUUGUCUCUAGUGGAAGAUCAGGGGCAUCAUCAUGGAGAUGUCACUGAGGAGACUAGGAGAUUGUCGAACGGGAGCAACGAUGCAGGACGGAAAACCAAUAAGGUAGAUCAUGCGACAGAAGUCUGGAUUGGACAAACAGAGUACCGGAUGUCGCCCUAUGCUAAUGUUUCUCAUCCAGAGACAGUGUCGACCCCAAUUGACUUACCAGUGAACGACUCAUUACCUGGUAGUCCGAUGCAUUCACCGGCCGAAGAACAAGAGACACAUUUAAUAUCAUCCAGACAAACAUCUCAGCAUCACGAUCACCAUGACGACCAAAGUCCUCAACCUUCCAUCGGCUUGGAAACGCCUGUAUGAUCACUUGGUUAAAGUCUUAAGAGUAGACAGCAUUGGACAUUGAUGGCAUACCUCUCAGACUCGAGCCCUUUCUGUCACCUCGGCAUGAUUACAAUGGCGUUUUGUCUACACAGCUUUGCGCACGCUAUCCUGUGAGAACUGGGAAUAUUUAAGGGAUUAAGAAUCAUUCAUCACUUCACAUGGGGCUUGAUGCCUCUGGAGAGUUUCAAGUACAAAGAAUGUGCUGUGUCGUUUCUGCACAGUGACAGAUUCUGAAAGAUUCAAACAGAUUUCUAAGUAUUUCUCGGAGAAGUAGGUUUUAGGAUGUAGCAUUUUGUUGUCGUGGUCGCCAUAUUCAUGUAGAUGCGUCAGCAUUUCAAACUCAUACAUCAUCAGGAUGGAAGAGAUUACUUUUAUACAGGAUAAGUCCUUUUCGCAUGUUGCAUGAUCUGUGAAAAAAAAAAGAAAAAAAAAAGAAAUACUGUGCAAUGUUUUUUUUAUUUUGUAAUGGCUGAUUUGUAAAUAGAAGCUUUUCCUGUAACGAGGUAAAUGGUCAAAUAAAUAAACAAACUCUAUGAUCUUUGUCUCUAAAUAUCUUGGAAAAAUAAGGAAAUUGUGUUAAAAUAUAAGAUUGUUUUAUAAGCAGUGCCUGAUAAUAAUAAUCUAAUUCUUUUGGGCAUGUAGAGCUGCUUAAGGGGAAAACUUUACUUAGCAAAAGUGCUUACUGGGUAUAAAUUUGGCUGAAAACUAGUUGCGCGAUAUUGGAGCAGGUAACCAGCUUUUGCAUCGAAGUUGAGUUUUUCUAAUUGGCAACACUUUCUGCAGUCAGCAGCCAUGAGCAGUGGUCUUGUAGUGUGGCUUGAAAGCAGUAAGUUUAUAUUUACUCUUCAAAGGUUAAACAAGAUAAAUUUUAAGACUGUUUUAUACUUUACCGAAAUGGGAAUGCAAAGUAAAUUUUGCCACCGUCAAAAUUGUGGUUAUUUGCAGGUUUAUUUUUGGUCUGCAUCACAUAGAAUCAGGAAAUAUUUGAAAGUGGGAACCAACAUCCACCCUCGUGUUUAUUGCACACCUGGCAUAAGGGAGAUCUAGCCAUUUCCUGAAAGGGUUGUUUCUUUUCUGUCAAAUCAACCAGACACAAAACAGUCGUGGGUUUGGGAAGAGAACUUUAAUCCAGAAAAGCCCCGCAUUCCAAAACGACGUCAGUAUGAUUCACAGCAAGGGCUCAGUUACACCCUUCCUAACAAGUUCCUGGUGGGAGUUGCCAGACAUACAUAAACUAACAAUGUAUGUUUGUUCAUGCAGGGUAGAGUGAAUGGCUAACGGAAGAAGAAGGAACUGUACUUAAUAGGCCUUGUCGAAUUAUUUACCAUUUCCAAGCUGCCAUGGCCAAGUUGAAAAAUGAACAUGUUUGUCAUUCCAGCCCCUUUAUUUUGUCGGUUGCCAUCUUUUUUGCUCCUGAAGGAAAACAGAAUCCAAAGCAAAGGGAAAAAUGUGAAGGAAUUCAAGGAUGUCCCCUGAAAGUUGGAAGCCAUACUCUGAUUAAUACAGAACUAGCUACCUUCUUGGGGAAAAAAACGGGUAGUCUUGGUUUAAAUAAAAGAUCCAUCUUCAAAAAAAAAAAAACAAGAUGCCAAACAUGCUGUGGGUUGCUCAGUGCUUGAACAUUUGCAAGUGCUGCUCAAAGGUAGAAUUUUCAAAACUCUUUUUAUUUUGUAUUUUGGUAUUUUGGUAUUUUGGUGCCGGCAUGGAAGAUAGUUAUUGAAAGUUUGACCUAUAUGUAGCAUUGUGAUGUGUAUGCAAACACACUGGUUAGAUAAUUACUAAAACAUCUCGGCACUGGAGGGUAUAAAUGCUGCUUCCAGUUUGGAACCAUCAUACAUGCUUUUAAGUUUACUACUUGUUCAAAAGUUGCUUAAACUUUCGAGCAAACUCUGUUUUGUGUAGACUGUUAUAUAUUUUUCUUAAAUGGCCGUUAAUGUCGUUUUCAGGUUUUUUCCAUGUCAUUUGUGAGACAGAUUGUAGACCUCAUAGUUCUCAAGCAUCUUGAAGUAUUCACCAUUUGUAUGGGGUAUGUACAUGUAUUACAUUUCCUAGGAGACCUUUUUUCCAUAGAUAAAACUGUGAUAGUUUGAUAUGCAGUGUGCAGAUAUUCUGGCAUGAUGGAAAUGUAAAUGUAACUUACAGAACAGAUAUGGAUAUUAAUUUGUCCCUGCUGUAACUGGCUGCUAUUGGCAAGCAUACAGGAUGAAUUCCUAUGGAGAUUAAUUUGUGUAAAUACUUAGCAUUGUUGAUUGCCUUAUCAAUGUGAAGGUCGUGACCUUUAUACAUGUAUGUAUUUAACUACAUUCCUUCCUGCAAAUAACAUGUCUUGGUGCUUGGUAAUUCCAAAGAGUCGUUAAAUUUCAAUCAAAUAUAUUCUUGUAACAAUGUUACCAUUGAUUUUCUUGCCUUCAAACCAAAACCACCUGUUUUCUGUCCCUCCCACCAAUACCACUUCUGUCUGCCACACCUCCCUUUCACACCCCUUUCCAUCCCUUCUACAAAAUGUGAAUGAAUCUUCUAAAAUGGACAGAGACAACAGCCCAUUUUGUGUUCAUUCUGCACGUCUUCAAGGGACAGUGUAUGUUGGGGUGUUGGGGGUGGGGGCAAAGGAGUCACCACAAGAAAAUAAAGCAGCAGCUGCAUAGCGAAAGAAACUCAAAGGAGAUUAUUCACAAAUUUCAAAGGGGGGGGGUUGCACCCUGGGGGAACUGGGGGCAAGUGCCCCCCCCCCUAGUUAUGCCUCUGCUUUUUAUUCAAGUGAAUAAUCGUCUUUGUAUUGGCACUAGUUCGGGGCUCAUUCAGAAGUGCAAUACGUGUAUGUACAUGUACGCUGGUAGUCACAUGACUUGCACUAUGCAUACCAAUGACAUCAUCAAUAUAGGUACAUGUGUAUCUUUAUUAUAACGGUAUGGAUAGUCCAACAUGUACCAUAGAACACAGACUGAUAUACAUUGAAGCAAGUUAACUGUUACUCAAGGGCAGGCUCAGUUCACUUGCCAGAAAUUUUGCAGGUUACACAAUUCUUUUGUAGAGGGUAACUGUUGGCACUAGGCCAAGAACAAACAAACAUUGACAUUGUCUAAUUAUGAUUUGAAAAAGUUUAAAAAGCAGAACAUUUUUGUCCAAAAGGAGAGAUGUGCCCCUUCGUUAUACAUGUUGAACGUUCAUACUUGUUUUGUGAUGAGUUUAUACAUUAACUUCUUAUGCUCAUCAAAGAAGUUAAUCCGCGACAUUUGUUGCAGUCAUUGUACAAUCUUUAAUAGUUAGGUUUGUUAAGUAGAGAGUUUUGGUUUUACUUUUGGGGGAUUUCCAGAUCUGUACUUUUGUGAGAACAGUGUAGUAUUCACAUCAGAAAGCCAAUGCUUCCAUUUCCUCCAAAUGAUGCAUGGUGAUUGUCUUAAAUGGAGAAAGCCCUUAUGACAGCCAUUAAGCAGGCAUGCCACUUUUCCUCAGGUCAGCUGCUUUCCUUGUUUUUCACUUCACACUCGUGCCAAUGAAAAUUGAAAAACCCUGUACUAAGUCUUGUAAAGAUUGGAAUUUCCUUGUUACUUGUCCAAGCCCAAGUUGCAUGCCUGAUUAAGGAAACUUCUUGAGAUUGCCAUAUGUCCUUUGGGGAAAUAUUGGUUUUCUGUUGUAUUUUGUACCUAUUCCAGAAAUGUGCAGGUUGAUAAAUCCCCAAACUCUUGAAAAUGGCAUAAUAUGUUGGACUGUUGGCAGUGAUUUUAUACCAUGUCUUGACAACACUGGCUUAUCAUCUUUUGAUAACGAUAAGCCAGUGUAUAGAGUUGCAUAGCACAGAAAUAUUUGCUUAGCAGACAGAAGUUACAAGUCCAAAUACCAUGUAGUGUGUUCUGCCUGUGACUGGUUCUCUGCCAACAUUAGCUUAAAACUCAGACUUAAAGUGACAUUUCCUGUUGUUUUAUGAAACCCUCAUGAAGUCAUUCCCUGAACAGAGCAAUUACUCAAGGUGGCAGAUUUCGACAAUAAAAUAUCGUCAUGGUGGCAGGAUGCAAGGUGUCAAGUAGAUUUAGCAUUUCAUUUUAAAUAAAGAGAAGCUUUGGAAAGUACUUAACACAAAAUAGUUUAACCCUGAAUGAAAACAAAACUCCAUAUCACAUUAACUAGUAGCAGAAAUAUAAUCAUCCAGAUAUUGCAUACAGUGAAAGACAAUAUACAAAGUCUGUGAAUGUUUCCCUAUCUAGAUUAAUAUAUGUAGCUCUAUUGCCUUGCUAGAGGGCAGUAGUAUUUAACACUGAAGAAUAAAUAAUAUUCCAAUAUAUGUUUUGUGUUUUAGAAGUUUAUUUACCUAGAGUUACCAUUUAAAAUAAGCAAUUUUCCUUCGAUUAUUUGUGAUUUCUGUUGCCUAUGUAUAGUAUGCUUGCCUAUUGGUGAUAAUAUUGAGGAUAAUAUAAUUUAUUUGAUAUUUAGUGCUUUAUGUUGACAAUGAGUCUCACAGUAGCAGAUAAAAACUAUGGAGAGGUAUUGUUUUCAAGUAAAUCAGGGAGGUAACCCUUUUGAGGUGGAAGUGUUGGUUGUGUUAAGAGCCUAUGGCAAGAAAGGUUUUGGCGACAUUUCAAAGAUUUUGCUCUGUUACUCUUGAGGAAGCUGAACACUGAAAAUAAACACUAAUAUGACUUGAAAGUAA